AUUCCUGCAGACAGACUGAGCAAGCAGCGAGUGUGUUAUGUGUGCUCUGCUCUCAUUCUUCGACCGUGUGAAGCUACAGUUAGAACAGUCUUCGGUUUUUAAUAAAAGACUGCACAUCGAAAUGCAUUGUGCAAUGUUAUAAGGAUUCUCGGUAAACUCAAAGUAGAAUAUGGUGACAGUUGCAAGCAGCGCUGCGCUCUCCUGUCCUGAAAUAUCGCUCUCUAAUGGAUUUAAUAUUCCUAUUCUGGGUUUAGGGACAUCUCAUCAGGGAGGUUAUAGUCAUGAAGCAGUAGUGUACGCUCUUCAGCAGUGUGGCAUACGGCAUAUAGACACAGCUAAACGUUAUGGUUGUGAAGAGGCUUUGGGGAAAGCUGUGGUUGAAAGUGGUGUACCGCGAGAGCAAAUCUGGCUCACCACCAAACUGUGGCCUGCAGACUACGGCUACCAGAGCGCCAAACAAGCCUGCCGGGAAUCAUGUGCCAGACUGGGGGUGGAUUAUUUAGACUUGUAUCUGAUGCAUUGGCCUGACAGUAUGGUUUCAGGUCGUUCUAACAGAGAGGUUAGAGAGGAGACGUGGAGAGCUCUGGAGGAGCUUUAUGAUGAAGGUUUGUGUCGUGCCAUCGGCGUGAGUAACUUUCUCAUCUGUCACUUGAACGAGUUAAAAGACGUUGGUGGAGUUGUUCCUCAUGUUAACCAAGUGGAGUUCCAUCCCUUCCAGCAGCCAAUGAAGCUGGUUGAAUAUUGUCGUAAAGAGGGUAUUGUGUUUGAAGGCUACUGUCCUCUGGCCAAAGGUCAGGCUCUCACUCACCCCACGAUUCUUCAGCUGGCCCAGAAAUACGGCCGCAGCGCAUCCCAAAUCUGCAUUCGCUGGAGUAUUCAGAACGGAGUUGUCACUAUUCCAAAGUCCACCAAACCAGACAGAAUUCAUGAAAACUGCCAAGUUUUUGGGUUCACACUAAAAGAGGACGACAUGGAGCGAAUUAAUAGGUUACAUAAUAAUCAGAAGCUAAUUCAUCUCAGUUAUCCCAUCUGGAAAGGAUAACUUCAAAAUCAAAGAAUUUUCCUGUAGGAUAAAUGGCACACCUUUGAAAUCCAUAUCCUGAUCUCACUCUAAAGGAAGGUUAUUUAUGAAAUGCUGAUGUCACAUGUGCCUUUUAAAAUGAAAUUUUACACUGUUCAUUCCAUUCCAAUAUAAAGAACAAAAAAUAUGAUGGAACAUUUAAGUAGAAGUCUAGUGUCAAAUUAUUUAGAAAGUUAUGGAUCUAUUACACAUGCAAAUUAUUUUGGUGUUAAAGCUGUACAGAGAGUUGUCAAUGGUGGGAUCAUUUCAAGUGGAUAAACUUACGCAACAGUAUAUUAAUGGUUAUCCAAAUGUAAUGAUACUUUCAUUAUAAGUCCAUUACUGUACACAGUUUUGUGGAUUAAAUGUUUUGUGUUUAACAUAAAGCCACAUGCUGUCCAUAGAGUUGGAGUUGUAUUAACAUA